AUGCUCCGUCGUUAUCAGGCGCUCUCCUUUUUGAGGAACUGGCUGGUGGACCUCACCCACACUCAUCAUCAUGCGCUGCUUUGGGCCGGCUUCUGGGAUGGGGACCCGCAGAAGCGCACGACAAAGGUGAAGCUUUCUAACUUUGCCAAGGCAACAGAGCACGCGACCAUGGACCCAGACAGCUUCCUUGGCCAAGUCAUCGACGCGAGCCAGGACCUCGACGCUUGCUACGAGGACGCUGAGACCAGUGUGCUUGCGGGAAAUAUGUGGUCCAUCGCGAGCAUGAGCUUCGUGCUCGGGAUGCGCGAGAAAGCGCAAGGAACCGUCGUCGCAUUGGUCAACAAGAAGAUUACGGGGGAGCGCAACUUGUCCCAGUCCGUGCUGUCCACCCAUGAAAUCCCGACAGUGGGGCUGGCAGCCUGCGGGCUCGGGUACUGGUCUCCGAAAGUGAUCAUCGUGAACCUGAUGGGCACCUGCAACCAAACGAGCCCGGCUCUGCAGAAGCAGCUCUUUAUGCGCUUGCCCGCUUGGGCCAAGUCAAUGAAGCACUGGAGCGCAGAAGCCUUUGCAAGGAGGUCGCGGCUGCAGUGGCAGUGCAUCGACUGCUCGGGCGCUUGCAGCCUUGACGAUGCCUUGGCAGAGCAUGUGGAGAAGCUGGUCAAGGCUAGAGAGGUUCAAGACCGGAAGGACCAGGAGCUGCGAGAGGUGGUCAGUCCUCAUCAUCUCCAUCUCCCGGUCGGUCUCGCAAAGGAUGUGGGCCUCGCCAUCAAUCGGAUGAGAACGCUGGUGAAGAAGCGGAGACUCCGCAAGCUGAAAGCUGCGCAGGAGCGCACGCUCGCUUUGGCCCGGGACUGGGAAGAAGAACUCAGGGAGACUCAGCAGGGGAUUCAAGAGCUCAAUGCCGCGGCGAGGCAACUCCAGGUGAAGCAACUGCUCCAUCAGAAUGCUGAUCCGAACGCUCCAGACAGGCUCGGCUACACAGCCCUCAUCUACGCUGCAUACGAAGGACACCAAGACGUGAUCGAACCCUUGCUGAAUGCCGGAGCACAGCUGGAGGCUCGUGAUGAGGAAGGCAGUACAGCACUCAUCUGGGCUGCUCGCAAGGGCCACCUGCAGGUGGUUGAGGCGUUGCUGAAGGCUGGAGCCCAGCUGGAGGCCCACAAUGAGUAUGGCAUCACAGCCCUCGUCGAGGCUUCGACGAAAGGCCGCCUGAAGGUGUCGAGCCUGGAGGCCCGUGAUGCGACAGGCAGCACAGCCCUCAUCCGUGCUGCCCACCAGGGCCACUUGAAAGUGGUCGAGGCAUUGCUCAAGGCUGAAGCACAGCCGGACGCCGCUAACGCCCGAGGCUGCACAGCCCUCAUGAAACCCGCUUGGCGAGGACACCUUGUUGUGGUCCAAGCGUUGCUAAACGCCGGAGCCAAGCUGGAGGCCCACAGUGAGUUUGGCGGCACUGCUCUCAUCUAUGCCGCCAGGAAAGGCCGCUUGAAAGUGGUCAAGGCCUUGGCAAAGGCCGGAGCGCGGCUGGACGCCACCGGUCACUCAGGCAUAACAGCCCUCAUGUAUGCUUCAAUGAAAGGCCAUCUGAACAUGGUCGAGGCAUUGCUGAAGGCCGGAGCCCAGCUAGAGGUGCGGGACGAGUAUGGCCUCGCGGCCCUCGCACUGGCUGAAGAGUCCGGCCAGUGGAACGUAGUGAGGGCAUUGAAGAAGGCUGGAGCCCAACCGCAGGCCAGCGAUGAGGCUGGUGGAGGGCUUCGGUAG